AUGGCGCCCAGCCCAGCCGCCCACAAGGCGUACCACGAUCUCCACUCCAGCGCCGCCCCGGCCGUGUUCAGCGACACGCUCCUGGCGUCGCUGGUCAGCCAGCACUCCGCAGACCUUUCCGGCGGCGAGCCGGUGCGGCCCGCGCCCACCAACGGCGGCGCGGACCCGCGCGUCAGGCCGGAACCGGCGCCCCUGGCCCCCGCCGGGCCCAAGCACGCCUCGGGCCGCAAGCGCUCGUCCACGGCGUGCGACAAGUGCCGCCAGAAGAAAAUCAAGUGCGACAACGUCAAGCCGCGCUGCGGCUCGUGCGCGCGCAACGGCAUCAGGGACUGCUGCUACAGCUCGGAGACCACCGGCCCGGACUUCUGGCUCCUGGAAAUGGCGUACAACGGCCUCGCGUCGAAGCUCGACGGCAUCAUGGAGGAGCUCCGGGGCCGGGGCGCGCGCGCCGCGCCGCCCAAGAAACGCCGGACCCACGCGUCGCCAGGCCCCGGCAUUCCGCUCUGGGACGCGUCCCUCACCAGCUUGUUUGCGUGGCCGUACUUGCAGGAACAGCUCGGCUGGGACCCCCGCCACGCGGCGCGCCACGUGGGCCGUGUGGUGUCGGCGUGCGAAGAGCCCAGUGCGUGCUGGCCCGCGCCCGGGUCCGUGGAGGAGCAGCUCGCCACGGCCGCGGCCGUCGAGGCCGACUUCCAGCAGCACUUCGGCUCGCAUCUCAACGCGUUCUUGAUCAACUCGCACACCAAGGUGCCGUUCUUGGACAUUGCGGAGCUCGUCGAGCUGCUCGAGGUGUUCACCUUGAUCCGCAACGCCGAUCCCCGGGUGACCGUGCUGCGGCUCCUCGCGGAGUUCCACGCGCUCAGAAGCACCGAGCGGGUCGGGGCCUGCUACUCCCGCGCGCUCGUGGCGGCCGGAAGGGAGGACUCGCGCGGCCUCCAGAAGGCGUAUCGGAAUCUCUGUGAGACCAUGCCCAUGUUGUUGAUGGUGUGUGCCAUCGGCGUCAUCUCGGUGCCGGUCUCGCUCGACAACAUCGGCACCUACGAAAACUCCCUCGAGGAACGCGCGUCCAUGGGCGCACACAAGACCCCCAAAGCCGCAGCGGGCCCUGCGGCUGGCCAAAACAGAUUUGCCUUGAGCCAGAUGUACAUUGCACACGCGGCUUACGUGACGGCCGUCUUCCCAAAGUCCUUGAGACCAUCCACGAUCCCUUCGGUCAAGUACCACGUGUUGCUAUCCCAGUACCACCACGAUACUCUCAAUCCCUCGUUAGCCCAUGAGGAAAUCAUCAUCGCCAGCACCGGCUUGGUGCUAUUCAUCGAAAAGACCAGAAUGAGAGCCGGGCUCGCCGCUGGUCUGGCCGAUGUCCCGCGCGACGAUGCCCUCGUCAACAGGCUCUUCUGGACUUGCUUGAAGCUCGAGUGUGAAUUGCGGGUGGAAAUGUGCCCUCAUGUUCCCCUUUCAGCGAUUACUCAGAUCACGCCGCCUUCGUCGUUUUUCAAGAUCCCAGACCCCUUCCAAGAAGGAGAUCACACGAGCGAAAGCAUCAGAAUCGCCAACAAGUACGACGACCAAAACACUUGGUACUACUUUCUCACCGAAAUUGCAUUGAGAAAGGUGGAGAACAACAUGCUCGAUGAAGUAUACCGCGCCAGGCUGGACCGCUUCCUUUGGGACUGUCCGAGGUUUGCCAAAUACCACGUGUGGAAGCUCACCAUAAAAUAUCUGAACCACUUGAAUAGCAUCGUCGCUUCUCUCACCCCUGCUAUCAGAAAAUUCGUCUUGAUGGAAACAGAUCCAGCACAGAUCUAUGCUUCGAUUAAACGAAAAGCUAGUAGGAGAAAGAAAGCAGUGUGUGAAGAAGAUCAAAUUCCCCAGAUACUAGACGACUUUUUGGUGGACGAGGACUUGCUCCAUCAUGCCCAGUCUGAAGCGGUCAUGUUCAUCAAAACUAGAAUUCUUAGUUCCAAGAUGAUAUUGAUGAGGCCACUUGUGUACAUGUGCUUGCAUGGUCAGAUUCUGUUCGAGGAAAUCACAGAGGCAGCCGCUGAAGUCUUAGCACAAGCUCAAGUCAGUCAGCCUGACCUGAGUUUCAAUGAGUUUCCUGACGAAAUGUCCCAUUCAAGCAGUACGACAUGCACGGGACUGGCGUCUGAAAGAUCCAUCUAUCUGCUGGCAGCUAUGUUGAAUUUUCUUGAUAAUGAUGACGAAGAUCUUGAAGAAGGUGAGGUACAGCAAUCUUAUCUCGAGAACCUAAGCAAGACAUCGGGCCUCGAGGAUUUUAGUGACCUAGUGGAGCUUGCCGAGAGCAAUGAUGGGCUGGAGGAAUCUUAUCAGACUGACUACGAUAUGGCCAGGAAAAGGGUUUUGAAAUGGUUUGUGGCGGGCCUCAUUACCAUUCCAAAGCUCACCAUUCCCAAAUUGAGUCUGUAUAGACAUCCAGGCUCCUGGUACUAUAUCCGAAACUUGGUUUUGGGCGUCAUAUUGCUGUUUUUGAUGUACAGAAGGACUCGCGACUACGUUGUGAAUUUGAUGAAAGAGUCCAAAGCUUAUGACCAAACUACGAACAACACGCAGAGCGUUGAAGUAUUGAGCCUGAUAUUCAAAAAGGAAGAUGUCCAGACACUAUUGGAGCAUGCUCUUUUAGUAUUGGACUACUGGAAAGAAGAGCGUAAGGACUGCGCGGUAUAUGGCGAGUACUUACGCCAGUGCUUGAGCUGUCUUUGA